AUGAAGGUGGACAGAGAGGAGCUUUAUUGGGAACAGAGAGCUCAAGCGAAUUGGCUGAAAAAUAGGGAUAGGAAUACCCAUUUUUUUCACCAAUCAGCAACGGAUCGGAGUAGGAAGAAUAAGGUGGAAGAAUUAGUGGAUGGCGAGGGUAAUAGUUAUGCGAACAAUGAUGCUUUAUUACGGUUGGCCACUGAUUAUUUUACUUCUUUAUUUACAGCGAAAAGUGUUGGAGAUCCAAGCUCAAUUUUGGAAGGUGUUGAGCCAUGUAUUUCUCAACAGAUGAACGAGGACCUUGAGAAGGAGUUUACAUAUGAAGAGGUGUGUUCAACUCUUAAAGCCAUGAGCCCGUUAAAAGCUUCUAGCGAAGAUGGGAUAGGGGCGAUUUUCUACCAUAGGUUUUGGCAUAUUGUGGGUAAAGAUGUAGCUAAUUUCUGUAUUGAGACGAUGCAGGGGUUUCAAAAGAUACUCAAUGUAUGUAUUGAUGAAGCACAGAGUGCUUUUGUACUUGGAAGACUCAUUACGGAUAAUAUCAUAGCUGCAUAUGAAACUUUACAUUCUAUGAAGAGAAAACGUAUUGGGAGGAAAGGGUGGAUUGAGAAAGUUAUGGGUUGUGUGACAUCGGUCUCGUAUUCUGUGGUUAUGAAUGGGGAGGUGUAUGAGUUAUUUUUCCCGUCACAAGGCCUUCGCCAAGGGGACCCUAUUAGUCCUUAUUUAUUCCUUAUAUGUGAUGAAGGAUUGUCGACUCUUCUUAGAAGGGCUGUGUCAAGGGGAGUUCUUAAUGGCUUUCGGGUUAGUAGGCAAGCCCCACGAAUCACUCAUUUGUUUUUUACAAAUGAUAGCCUUAUCUUUGGAGAUGCGUCUAUCAAUGGAGCAAUGGUGAUCAAAGAAAUUUUAGAGGCCUAUGCUAAGUGUUCUGGUCAGGAAGUCAAUCUUGACAAGUCAGGGUCAUUUUUAAGUUCCAAUGUUGACCAGUUUAACAGAGAUAAUGUUUGUAGAGUUCUGGGGGUUAAUAGGAAUCUAAACCUGGAGAAUUACCUUGGUCUCCCAUCAAUGGUGGGGCUUUGUAGGGAUUUAGAAGCGGUCAUGGCUCGAUUCUGGUGGCAAAAGAAAGCAGGGAAAAAAGGGCUUCAUUGGUGUUCGUGGAAGAAGCUGUCGGUACCAAAAGAGGAGGGCGGGAUGGGCUUCCGAGAUUUGGCCAAAUUCAAUAUCGCACUUCUUGCUAAACAGGGUUGGCAUCUUAUGGAAAAUUUGAGUUCCUUACUUGCGCGUUUGCUCAAAGCAAAGUACUAUAGGGGAUCAGAUUUUAUGGAAGCCUCUUUAGGAGCGAAUCCAUCAUUUUUUUGGAGAAGUAUCUGGUGUGCUAAAGGCCUGUUAGGGUCUGGUUUGAAGUGGAGAAUUGGGUCUGGAACAUCGAUGUCAAUAUAG